AUGGCGCUAUCAGAAGCUCAACCUGGAGGACAAGGAUCUCCCAGCAUCCCUUCGAACUUCUCCCACGACCUGCGACCCAUCCCGAAUACUGUCUCUGCAACAUUAGUGGCGAAUGAUCGACUCACACCACAAACCCAUUGGCAAGACGUCCGUCACCUUAUUCUAAAGAUCUCCGAACCAAUUCGAUAUGCGCCAGGCGAUAUCCUGUGCGUGACUCCCAGGAAUUUCGACAGUGAUGUGAACUCACUGAUAUGCAUGAUGGGCUGGGAGAAUAACGCAGACACUCCCUUGUGUUUUGUCCCCAAUGCUAAAUACGCGUCAGGCAACAACGAAUCCUCUCCCGAGAUCCCAUUUCUGUUGAAAUCGCCCGGUUUUACCCUCAGAAUUCUACUCACGGACUAUUUAGACAUAAUGGCAAUACCGCGACGUUCCUUCUUUUCCAAUAUUGCCCACUACACUGAGGAUCCCAUGCAUAAGGAGAGACUCCUGGAGUUUGCAAAUCCAGAAUACAUAGAUGAGUUUUACGACUACACCUCGAGACCCGUCGUAUUUCCUACCCUCCGCGGACGGCAAUUCAGUCUUGCCAGUGGUGGGAAAUUGAAAACCCUAAGAAGUUUACCCGGUGACAGUCCAACAAAUUCUGGCACUCGCUUUGACCUCCUCGUCGCCAUCGUCAAAUACCAGACAGUAAUUAAAAAGAUUCGUGAGGGCGUAUGUACGCGCUACCUUGCGGUGCUUCGUCCUGGUAGCACAUUGAAAGUCCAAGUGCAAAAAGGUGGACUGACUUCCUCAAUGAGACAGUUCUUGGAGCCUACAGUUCUGAUCGGGCCUGGCACGGGUGUCGCGCCACUGCGUUCAAUAUUAUGGGAAAAAGCCGCCAUGGCGACCACAUAUCGAGAGAAACAUGGCCUUGACGUACCAGUACCCAUAGGCCCUAUCAUCCUGCUGUAUGGCGGGAGGAAUAGGAGAGCAGAUUUCUUUUUUGAAGAGGAAUGGGAGGCGUUGAAAGAUGUGCUGGAUCUUACGGACCGCAUUCGUGAACAUGCUAGAUUGAUUUCUAGAAUAUUGCAUGAUUUGGGUGGCACAGUCUACAUUUGUGGAUCAUCAGGUAAAAUGCCCCAAGCGAUUCGUGAAGCGCUUAUCGACGGCUUUCAGGUGUUUGGCCAGGAAAAAGAGUCUGGUGAGAGGAAGAAGUACAGUCGAGAGGAGGCAGAGAAGUAUUUGACGGACAUGGAGAAAGAAGGACGAUAUAAGCAGGAGACUUGGUGA